ACCAUGUGGUAUAGCCUAAGCUAAAGGGCUGACCUUCACAUUCCUAGUCAUCCAAAAAUGGAAGUAAUGAAAUUUAUUUCAAUGUGCCGAUCCAACUCAUCGAGUCACGUUUUGUUCAGUACUUGCAGCUCUGAGAGAUGCCUUCACAGUACAAUGACCUUGACACUAUGCUCUCUGGGGAGUUUCUCAUCCCAUCAAAUAGGGAUAUUGGAGCUAAGAUACCAGAAGAAAAUGCUGAUCAGAGAUGCACUUAUCUUUGCGGGAACUCUCUUGGUCCAUUAAACAAACGGUCCAAGGCUCUUCUGGAGGAGGAGUUACAUGUUUGGGGGACACGAGUCGUCAAAGGACACUUCUCGCACCCUUAUGGCCGCGAGUGGGUGAACAUUGCCGAUACAGUCACCCCUUUACUGGCUGAAUUGGUGGGUGCCUCAGAGAAGGAGGUGGCGUGCAUGGGCACUCUGACUGCGAACCUGCAUCUGAUGAUGGCCGCAUUUUACAAACCUACUGCUCAACGUUUCAAGAUUCUAUGUGAAGACAGGGCAUUUCCCUCGGAUCAGUACGCAUUUGCUUCCCAGGCUCGUCUGCACGGGUAUGACCCGAACGAGGCAAUAAUCGAAAUGCGUCCUCGCGAAGGCGAGUUUACACUACGAGAGUCCGACAUCCUGGACUUGAUCGCGAAAGAAGGUCCCUCGAUUUCUCUUGUGAUCUUCAGUGGCGUGCAGUAUUACACUGGUCAAUGGUUUCCCAUGAAGGCUAUCACCACUGCAGCCAAGGCACAGGGCUGUGUUUGCGGCUGGGACCUCGCUCAUGCUAUCGGAAAUGUUCCCAUGGCACUCCACGACUGGGAUGUCGACUUCGCUGUAUGGUGCUCAUACAAAUAUCUCAAUUCAGGCCCCGGCGGAGUUGGCGGCCUUUUCCUGCACAAUAAAUGGGAUAACAGCUUACUACCACAGUAUUCGGGCUGGUGGGGACACGAUCCAGCCACCAGAUUUGACAUGCCUCCUCGGUUUUCAGCUAUCCCUGGCGCGCAAGGAUUUCAGCAAUCCAAUGCCUCGGUCUUGCCAACGGUAUCGCUUCUAGGUUCCCUGCAGAUCUUCAAGGAAGUUGGUAUGAUGGGUCCCCUACGCAAGCGAUCGCUUCAAUUGACUUCCGAACUCGAGUCGAGGCUCCUCAAGUCAAGAUUUUAUAUCCCCAUCAACGAGGUUUCGGCACAAUGCCUAUCACAGGGUGACACUGCCCAACAGGGCCAACCUGGGUUCACCAUCAUCACACCUCGUGAUCCCGAGUCUCGGGGUUCACAGUUAUCGCUUCUAUUUUUGCCACCCAAUUCAGAUGUGAUGCAAAAGGUUUUUAAUGCAUUGUCUGCAAAGGGCAUUGUCGGGGACGAGCGAAAGCCCGACGUGAUUCGCUUAACACCCGCACCCUUGUAUAACACACUAGGUGAUUGCGAGAGAGUUGCUUCUUGCCUCGAGGACGCAUUCGAAUGUUUGACAAAAGCAACUGUAUCAUAGACGUAUUUUGUACGAUACGAUUAUCAAGUAGAAAGAGGCACUUUAUCUAAAAUGAAU